UCGUUGUGAACCCCGGAAGACUUUACUAGUGUGUUGGCCACUAGUGCAAAAAGACACUUCGCGGCCUCAUAAUUUGUCAUUUUAAAGUAAACUAUUCUCUGCACUCAAAUGGCGUCAAACUCACCCCUUCGUCAACAGAACCACGCCAGACCCCACCAAGGCCUUUCUGGAAUCCUAAAGCCACACAACGAACAAUGCAAGGCCACAGGCAGUGUAAAGGGCUCUAAAGUCAAUACUGCCCAACAUGGCUCCAAACGAGGAGGUGAAAACCAGGACCCCUCUACUUCCACACAGAAAGCUGCAAGCACAGUCAAGCUAAAAGGGCUCAGCAGACUCCCAGUGCUUGCAAAAACCUUUCAACCUCAACCCACCUCAGACAGCAUAUUGAAGAAAUGGGAAGAGAGACCUCUGUUGAGCAAAGACAAGAGGAAAAAGAAGUGCACCAAGCCUCAACCGUUCAACUUCUCGCAGCCCAGAGCCACUCGCCUAGCUGGCCAGAACCCCUCGGUCCCUCAGAGGGGCACCGUGGACACAAAGAAUUUAACCGCACAACCAACCCCCAGUGGCAGCAAACCCAGCAACGCCAAAAAAGCAACAGAUGGCUUCUGCCCAGACCCGUCUGCCCUGCGCAGCAUCCUGCUGUCUGAGGGGGUGGCUGCUGCCAGCGGAGCACAGGACGCCACCCCUCGCCCCUCUGGACGUGGCACCUCCGUCUAUAUGCCCCAGAGAGUGCCUAUGAGAAGUGCCCAAAGGAGAAAACCAGAAGGCAACACAGGUCACGUGGCGUUUGUGCCAGAUGCGGCGUCCCUGGGCAGCAUCCUGAGAGACGAGGGCAUCCAGCCACUAGGGGGAGCCACCCCCUACACCUCCACAUGCCCCCCAGCCAGACACACAUCCAUAUACACCCCUCAGAGAGUGCCCGUGAAGAGCACACAAAAGAAGCAGCCCGAAGCCAAAGCAGGUCACGAGGCGUUUGUGCCAGACGCGGCGUCCCUGGGCAGCAUCCUGAGAGACGAGGGCAUCCAGCCACUAGGGGGAGCCACCCCCCACACCUCCACAUGCCCCCCAGCCAGACACACAUCCAUAUACACCGCCCAGAGAGUGCCCGUGUCGAAGCCUCGCACUGUGACGGCCUCCUCUGUCAAAGGGAGCGCGGUGACCUUCUCUCCCGACCCCACCGCCCUGCGCAGCAUUCUGCAGAACGAGGGUGUGCAGCCAGGGGGCGCUACUCCCCUCUCCUCUGCAACCCUCCCUCCUACCGGCCGGACCACCUCCUUAUACAAAGCACAGAGGGUUCCUGUGACAAAACCCCGCAUUGAAAAAUGUGAAGCACUAAAAGGCCCAGGUCGAGUAAGCCCCGGAGUCUCCCCCCAGAAAGGCACGCCUCAAAGAGUCCCCUGCACCCAGCCACGCUCCAUGAAACGGCUCCUGUCUGCUUAUCGACGCACGCCAAAGCUCACAGCGUCUCCGUGCCUGAAGGGGGAGGCUGAGCCCAGUCCCGUGCCAUCACAGGGGGAGGAUGAGGUGGUCAAGAUGCUGUUUGAGGAAGAGGAGGAGGAGAUGAUGAAGAGUGGCGAGGCCCCACUUCAGGCCAGCCAACAGGCAGCGGAGUCUCAGGCAGAGGUGCUCCACAGGCCCUUCAUCCAGUCGCUCCAGAGGGAGUCCGUCAUCGUGCUCAGCUCAGGCCUGAGGCUCUUUGGUGGGGCAGGGACGCCUGCUCGACCCCCUGCAGAACCCCCCACAGCUCUACCCACCCCUGUGCCACCUCCUGACUUGCCUACCCCGCUAGCAGUUCCUCUGACCACCACUGCUUUCCUACCACCCGCCCCGCCCACUCCUCUGCCACUUCCACAGCCCGCCCCUCUUCUACCAACCGGUCAGCCCGCCGCUGUGCCCCUUUCUCUGCCCACCUCGAUUCCGCCACCCGGCCCGUGCGCUACCACUGCGGUGCCAGCUGCCAUUCCACCACUGUCCCUGCCAACCCCUCCUCCACAACCACCAUCCACGGUGUCCUGCGAUGCCGAGGCUGCCCCGAGUCUCGCCCAGCUCCAGUGCCCGCCGUGCCCCAGUGAGGCGCCAGUCGCCAGGCAGCAGGACUCACUGCUGCCCCCUCUGCCAACCGGGUUGAAGAGUGCCUUUGACUCUGUGGGCUCUGUGGGCAGGACUACUGCCACCCCUGGCAACACCAUGGCGCUCUGCCAGAAGAGAGUGCGUGAGCUACGUGCGUGGGGUCCGUCGUUGGAGGAGGUUCUCCUGGAUGAGGAGUGUGCCACCUUCAUGUCCCUUCCCCUGCACUGUGCCGCCCCCCCUCGCUGCCUCGACCCUCUCGCCAGCACGCUGCUCACACAGGACAACGCAUGCUUCAUCCCCAUCGAGCCGCCCUGUCUCAGCCCAGCCACAUAUCCUGAAAGUGAACAGAGUCCUCACCUUUUCACUCCACUCAUCACUGUUCACACAUGAGGACCAAAGCACAGCUGUGUGUGUGUGUGUGUGUGUGUGUGUGUGUGUGUGUGUGUGUGUGUGUGUGUGUGUGUGUGUGCGUGCUGACUGACGGGCAUCAGUGCAUCCCUAGCUCUCAGCACGACAGCUCGGGGGUGCUCUGUCUACAAAGGCCAAUGUCUGUGAGUGAUGGCGCCUCUUGCCUUCCUCUCACCCAAAGUCAAUUAUGUGUCCGUUGUUUGUUUGAUUGUUUGUUUUGUUUUUUAUACUUUUAUAAUGUAAGCCAUGGAUAGGUGAUAAGUCAAGUCAUCGGCCAAUGAUAAAUAAGGCAAUGCGUCAUGCACCUUUGUGACCCUUCACACACACUCUCACUCUCUCUCUCUCUCUCUCUCUCUCUCUCUCUCUCUCUCUCUCUCUCUCUCUCUCUCUCUCUCUCUCUCUCUCUCUCUCUCUCUCUCUCUCUCUCUCUCGGACAUUACUGCUUAAUGCCCCUUGCACCCAGAAACCCUGGUUACUUUACAUUCCUUCUUGCCGAGAUGUACACCCAUCAACCACCAUGUGUGUCUGUUCUUCUGUAUUUUCCCUGCUACAGGAACUUCAGUACUUUUGAUGCAGGAAAAAAAUGUUCACAAUGAGUAUGGCAGAUUUUCAAAAUGUUACCUUUUUAAUGUUUAUUAUCCAAGUGGUCAUGUAAAUCACUGUUGAGAAUAACAAUGUAAACCUACUCAACAUGAUGUGGAUUUAGGAGUGAUCCAUUCAUCAGUCUCAACCCCGAUGUACAACACUAAUGAUAUCACAAGCUCCGGUUUUUUUGACACAGAUGAUGGCUCAAGUCUUUGUUACUGCCUCACCACAGUAUUGUUUCGUUUUUGUUUUUGCUUUAAAAAAAAAAAAGCUGUUUGUUUUUUUUUAUAAUCAUACCUGUCCACAUAGUUUGACUAUUUUUCAUAUCUU